GGGAGCUUUGCAACCCUCUGCUUUCCAGCUGAAGGUCUUUAGGGAGUGUAAAACUACCACGUCUGCAUCAGGGGAGAGAGGGGGAUAAAAGAGGAGAGGAGAGGGGGAUCAAAAUAAGGAUAGGGACAUAUAGAGGACAGCGAAGAGUUAAGAGCGCUUCACGAAAACACUGUCGGACGCAACAUCUGGAGCAGAGCGCAGACCAAGUUCGGACAUAAAAUACGCACAGCCUGCAGCUCCAGAGCCUCCCCCACGUUUCCUGCUUCCUGCUUGCAGUAACAUCCCGAUUAUUCGGUCAGAAUUCACCAAAACGCGAGAAGAAUGCACCGACUGGACAAAUAACUCCCGUGGCUUCAGUAACUCAAGUAUAAAGCUGCACAGACUCUGCGGGAAACUCCUUUUGCGCUGUGCUUAAAGUCGACCUCCUGCCUGCGCCUGGACAUUGCUUUAUGGAAACAUUAAGUUUUCCCACAGAAUGAUCUGACAAGUGCCAGGAAGGGAGAUUGUCAGUGGAGAUCUGUCGUUUUUUGUUUUGUUUUUGUUUUCUUGGAGAGUGAAGUGAUGGCGCUGGAGCUGAGGUCGCUUGUCCUGCUGCUGCUGCUGGCGGUGGUUUGGGAGCUGAGCGCACAGGGAGACACGGAGCGACACAUCAAUCCAGAGUCGUGGCUGCAGCAGUACGGUUACUUGCCUCCAGGGGACCUGAGGACCCACUCCCUCCGCUCGCCUCACUCCGUCUCCUCAGCCAUUGCUGCCAUGCAGAGGUUCUACGGCCUCACUAUCACCGGCAGCUUCGAUGACAGCACCGUCAAGGCCAUGAAGCGCCCGCGCUGUGGAGUGCCGGAUAAGUUUGGUGCUGAGCUGAAGAGCAACCUGAGGAGGAAGCGAUAUGCUAUCCAGGGCCUGAAGUGGAACAAAAGAGACAUCACUUUCUCUAUACAGAACUACACCCCAAAGGUGGGUGAGUACGAGACCCAUGAGGCCAUCAGGAAGGCCUUUAAGGUGUGGGAGAGCGUCACCCCUCUGCGUUUCCGGGAGAUCCCCUACAGUUACAUCCGGGACAAAGUGGAGGAGUUUGCCGAUAUCAUGCUCUUCUUUGCUGAGGGUUUCCAUGGCGACAGCAGCCCGUUCGACGGCGAGGGGGGCUUCCUGGCCCAUGCCUAUUUCCCCAGCAAUGGCAUUGGUGGAGACACCCACUUUGAUGCGGCUGAGCCGUGGACGAUUGGAAACCGGGAUCUGUAUGGAAAUGAUAUAUUCCUCGUUGCGGUGCAUGAGCUGGGCCAUGCUAUGGGUCUGGAGCACUCCAAUGACCCUUCAGCCAUUAUGGCUCCAUUCUACCAGUGGAUGGACACCGACAACUUCCAACUUCCUGAUGAUGACCGCAGAGGCAUACAGCAGCUGUAUGGGUCAAACUCAGGCCCCGUGCCCCCUCCUGUAACGCAAUCCUCCCCUGACCACGAUCCAGAGCCCACAUACUCACCGGAUAAGCCUCGCUUUGGCCCCAGUAUCUGUGAUGGACACUUUGACACCAUUGCCAUCCUAAGAGGAGAAAUGUUUGUGUUCAAGGAUAAGUGGUUCUGGCGAGUGCGCAACAACCAGGUGUUAGAAGGCUACCCCAUGCCGCUUGGUCACUUCUGGAGGGGACUGCCCACUCAUAUGAAUGCUGCAUUUGAAAGGGAAGAUGGGAAAUUUGCUUUCUUUAAAGGGGACAAGUACUGGGUGUUCAGUGAAUCUAUUAUGGAUACUGGUUACCCUAAGACUCUGAAAGAAAUGGGCACUGGGCUUCCCAAAGAUCGAAUAGAUGCGGCUCUCUUCUACACUCCCACAGGACAGACGUUCUUCUUCAGAGCAAACAAGUAUUACCGUUUCAAUGAAUACUCCAGAAGUGUUGAUGAUGGCUAUCCAAAAUCUGUAAGUGUGUGGCAGGGAGUGCCUGAAAACAUCAAGUCAGCCUUCAUGAGCAAAGAUCAAGCAUACACCUACUUCUAUAAAGCCAACAAGUACUGGAAGUACAACAACCAGAUGAUGCGCGUGGAGCCAGGAUACCCCAAGUCAGCCCUUCGCGACUGGAUGGGCUGCCCCAAUGAAGACCCCAAGACGGACGGAGGAACAGGGGGUGGCGGACAUGAUAAGGACAAGGAGAGAGAGAAAGACAAGGAGCAGGAGGAUAAGGACAGAGCUAAAGAUAGAGAGAGGGACAGAGACAGGGAGAGAGAGACAGAGAGAGAGGAGGAUACGGAGGUGAUCAUUAUUGAAGUGGAUGAGGAGGGAGGGGCGAGUGGCGGAGCCGGAGCAGCAGCCGUGGUCGUGCCGCUCUUCCUGUUAGUGUGUGUGAUUGCGACGCUGGCAGCCUUGGUGUUCUUCCGUCGGUACGGUACCCCCCGCCGACUCCUCUACUGCCAACGAUCUCUACUGGACAAGGUGUAGACAGAGGAGGAGGGGAGGGAGACGGCAGGGAAAGACGGCGAGAGAGAGAAAGAAAGUGGAAGGAAAUUUUCGUCACAGAUAAAAAAAGAGCAGGAGAGAAAGAGGCCUAACCAGAGAGAGAGCAAAGGGAAAAAUGCUUGACUUGCAUUUUUUUUUCUUCAUAUUUUGACCACUGCCAGAUUCCUUUUGCUUUAUCUCUCAAUCACUCCAUCCUUACCUUUUGAAAUUGUAUCUCUCCCUUCGCUCUCUGCCUCUCAUCCCGUGGUUACUGACGCCAGCUCUUUGCUGUUUGUUUUAGCGUUUUUCAAUGUCUUACUUUUAGUCUUCUGUGUCAGUGGUCAUUGUUUGUCCUCGUGACUCUCCGAUUUGAACCUGCAUCUCUUUGACGCCCAUUCUAGCAUGAUCCUUUGCGUAAACAAAACGGUGUGUUUUGAUUUGUUCAUUCUUCCCACUUGUUAACUUGCACAAUCAUGUAAACCCACAUAUCUGGAAACCACAGUGGCACAGUCAUUGUUUGUCUUAAUCUUCCAGUAAAUGAACAUUUCAGAGCCAGUAUGGACCAUAAAAGGGAACCAAAAAAUGAGCUUAUGUCCUUAUGAGGCGUGAGUUAGACUCAUGUCAGCGUAAAGAAAUAAAUACAACUGUCCUUUUCUUUUUUUAUCUAAAAGUGCUGAUUAUUAUUAUGACUAUUACUAUUAUUGUUGUUGUCUUGCGUGUAAAGAAUGUUUUUUGUACAUUGUCAUUAAAAAGUCCUGCUGGACAGUGACAUACA